ACCAAUGUGGUAGUUUUUUCACUUGAAACUCUAUAGUGUUCCUUAGGAGAGAGGCUCGUAUCUUUAUACACAUUUCAGUUUUCACCAAGUAAAAUUACCAAUGUGGUAGUUUUUUCACUUGAAACUCUAUAGUGUUCAAAGCUAUUCAUACAUACAUUUCCAACGGAAGGUAUAUAGCAAAUUAGCAAUCAAUUCAAAUAAAUAUCGUAUAUUCAUGAUAAAUAUGAUACUCUCAUACAUAUGUACAAAAUUAAUCAACUUCAAAAUUAUUUUAAUAAUGAAAUAAAAAUAACCCCGCCAACGAGCCGGGUGGAAAGAUAGUAUAAUUUGAUUUCAACUUGACCUUAACCCUAGGACUAAGCAACGUGACCCAAUAUGUGAAUGUGACCUACUCAUGCCAUCCAUAUCCAAAUCGAUUCGGGUUGGCUACAUGACUCAAAGAAACCCGAAUCUAUUUAAGAGGAAUCAUUAUGUCACAACCAUGUUGAUUAUAAAAUAUUUUAAGCUAGGGUGGUUAUACGGUCCGGUCUGGUUAAAUUGGCCCGAAUUGAUCCGAAUUGGUCUUUUCGAGAAUAUAAGGACCAAAGAUUGGAUUGGAUACAGUUCGGGCUUGAUUCGGUCCGGUCUUGAACCGGUCUGGUCCCAAUUCGGUCUUGAUUUUAGAUUGAGCUUGUGGGGAUUUGAGUGUCCUGAGGGGGGAUUUGAGUGGCCUAAGGCUUGAAAGGGUGAGGAGUUUAAAUUUUGGAUGUUGGGCUCUCUUAUCCGGUCUUUAUCCGAUUUUCGGUCCGAUACCAAACAAUUUUUUACCUCAAAUCUAAACCCAAAAAUUGGAUUGGAUUGUUUGUUAUCUAGUCCCGAUUCAAUCUCAAUCCGGAUUAUACGGUCCGAUUUCGGGUAAAACCAAAAAGCCGAUACCAAAUUGUCAGCCGCUAUAGGGUUUCUUUUUAAUCUCAUCCGCAGCCUUGGACAUUCUCUAUGUUGCCCCAGACGGCCAGACCCCUACUGGACCAAAUUAGCGGCAGCGGGUAGGCCGGUCCGAGAGUUUGACAGAGCGUCACAAAACGCAAGCCAUCAUCUGCGUUUUAUCCAACCUUAAACCCUAGUAUCUGUACUGCAAGUGCAAAACCCGCCCUUUUUCCUUCCUGACUACCUCUCUCUGAAUUGGGGAAGCAUUCAUUCCCUGAACAACAAUGGCUGAUUUGUCAGUGAAAUCAUCUAAGAAGAAGAAGAGAAAGGCCCCGAAUCUUGACGAGAAAGGCGACAGACCAUCAAAAUCUAUGCGUGGUGAUGGCUCCAGGGAGAGGAAGGAGCCUCAGGAAAUUGCAGGCGAAGGCCGAAGUUCUGCCCUAGAAGAGCUUGGAGCAAGUGUCGAGGGCGGGCGCCAGCCAUGGAGGAACCUGGAGCUAAUUCUACUGCUCCAGAGCAAGGAAGUUGAGCUUUCAAAGAAGGUUGAAGUUGCUUUUAAUUAUGUGAAUGGGAGAGGGAAAGAAAGGGUUGAUGUUGACGAAGAGUUUGAAACAGUUAAGGUUGCCCGACUUGUGGUUUUCCUUAACAAUUGGGUCCAGUCUCUGCUGCUCUCCGCUGACAAGAAACUGCGUGUUAACGAGGGAGAACUGAGAGAGGCUUGUUUAGACCACAGAUGCUGGGUCAUUCUAAAGUUCUGCUUGCAGGAGUCUUUGAGAUGGCAAGUUUCCUUGAGUUUCUCACGUAAUCUCUUACGGGCUUUAGGAUGCGUUGCAAAAAACAUGUAUCUGCAUUUAGGAGAAUCAUCUCCUGUUGGAGACGAAGUUGACUUACGAACUGUUGUUUCCGACUGUGCCUCUAGCAUGUUUGUCUGCCAUGGUGGCUUGUCAAAUGAGAAUCUUGACCUAUGGAUUUCAACCGUCCAGACAGUUCUUGAACUUGUGAAAGGAAUUUAUCAGCAGAAGUUUGAUUGUGGAGAUGCAGAUGUUCUGGCUCUGAAGUUCUCUUGCUUAGUUCUUGAAGCAUUUUCCAAGUUUUUGAGGGUUCAUCCUACUCGUAAAAAUGGAUUCCGGGACUUUGUAGAUGGGCUGCUUGAUCCACUGUUGUGCUUGUUGGGUAUCUUAAAUCAUAAGUUAGAUGGGACUGGCAUUGCAGGAAACUUACUGACUGCGGUUGAGGAUAUUUUGGCUCAUGGAGUAUUUCAUCCAACACAUAUUGAAGGUUUUCUCAGCUUAAAUAGUGCUGGAAAGUAUUCCUCAUCCAUUGUUGAUGACCAGAAGGAAACAAGAACAGUACUCAGAAGUUACCACAGACAUUUCUUUGAUAAGCUGGAGAAAGUCAGGGCUGCAAAAGGCGAGUCUUCCUUCAAUGGCUUGGGACGAUUAUUCCGCUUGCUCAUUGAUUGUUUGAAAAGGCAAAAGAUGGCCCCGUUACUGUCUGGCGAUACCAAGAAGAGCGAGAAAACUGAAAGCUCAAAACACGUUUCUGGUACUGAGCCUAAGAUGUUACACAGCUAUUUAACUGCAGAGAAAAGAAAAUCAAUUUUUGAAUUUUUCGUAGAGAUCAUGGAACCGCUUUUGUGUCAGAUGAAUGUAUACACUCAAGCAAAGCUGGAAUUGGAUCCUCUGUUAUUAGAUGUUCAUAGCACAAUGAAGUCUAUUAAUGAAUUACUAGAAUGUUUUUUGCGGGAAAAAUUGUAUGUAAAAACAGAAGAUGUAUCUGGAGGAGCUUGCCUUAAUUUCUUGAAGAAGGUUUAUGAAACUGUAUGCUCAUUGGCAACCAAUUUUCUUUGUUUUUUCACCUAUGAUAUGGAUGCCAAGGAGAAGACAUUUGAUUUGCUGGCAAGAGAGGUAUUUGUUGCUGUAGGGUACCUUUUGGAGAUUGAAUAUGAAGUCACUGGUAAUAAUUUAACCAGCUUGUGGCACAUGAUACUUUCUUACUUUGCUGUUGGCCAUGGGUUCAAGAGUGCUUGUGAUCAAGAGUCAAUCACCUCCCUAUUCAUAGGACUUGGAUGCCAGUUAAUAAAGCUCUAUAGUGAACUUCGGCAGGUGACGGUCGCAAUAUCUACUCUGUGUAAAGCUAUCAGGCUUGUAGUAACUCGUGAUAAUGAUGGUGAUGGGAAUCAAAAGGGUAAUAACCCUAUGUCCUUUUCAUGCUUUUCUUAUGACACGUAUGGGAAAACUUUGGGACUUCUUUUAUCUUCACAAGGAUUUCGACUUGCCUUGCAUAAUGGUAUUAAAUCUCUACCAGAAGGACAAGCAAGUGAUUGUGUGCAUAAAAUAUGCACAGAUGUGUCUGAAUCCAUUCAAUGGAUAAAAGAUAGUGGUUCCAUGGAAGAUGUUAUUAAGUGUGAUGAAACGAGUCAAAGAAGUUGUAGAACCCUACAUUUCAAUAUUCGAGAGGAAAUUUUUGGAAGACUUUCUGAAGUUUACACGGUUGUUCUAGAUUCACUUAAUGUCACUGCUGGGAACUGUAACCUUGUUGAGGGGUCUCUAAGAGACUUAGUAAGCACAAUAAGCCCAUGCAUGAGUAUUUUGGUCGGGCAAGAAUCAGAUAAUGCCAACCAGUUCCUUUAUUUUGUUACUGGAAGAUGUAGGACUGAGGAUGAAUCUGACCUGUCUGCCCACUGGGUCUUUCUAUUUUUCUGCCAACUGUUCAUGUCUUGUCGAAGCUUGUACCGCCAGGUAAUCAGCCUUAUGUCUCCAAGUUUGGCAAGGAAGAUGUCAACCGAAACAGGUGACUUGCAUACUACUUACUCUGGAAAGGAUUGGAUGGAGAGGACAGAAUGGACAUUAGAAGGAUAUUUCUCCUGGAUCUUCCAGCCAUCAGCUUCUCUUCUUGACAUUAUACAGUCCACUUCUGAUUAUUGUUUCGGGAAGAGGAUUGUCAAUUCCUCCCCCCUGGUUUAUAUAUUCCAUGCUAUGGCUCUUCAGAGGCUAGUUGAUCUGAACAGGCAGUUCAAGUCUCUAGGGUAUAUACUGGACAACAAUGAUAAGAUCGUCAAAAACAAGUUGUUUGAUGAUGCUGGCUCAUCUCUGUAUCGUAAAAGGAGUAGAAAGUUGGGUAAACACAUCUCUGUCUUGAAGCAGGAGGCAACUGAUCUUACUGAGUAUGUGAUGAGUUACCUCUCGCUAGUGGUUGGUGAUCAACUCUGGGCUGGCCUUUCUAAUGUUUCAAGCCCUGAAAGUUGUCCUGUUGAAGCUAUCCAUGAACCUUAUCAGUGGGACUUGAGUGUUUGUUCUAUCCACAAGAGCUCGUUGCCUAUUGCUCUCUGGUGGAUUGUUUGCAGAAACAUCAAUGCUUGGUCUAAUCAUGCUAGUAAGAAGAAGUUGAAGAUUUUCCUCUCAUAUAUGAUUAGCUCUUCACUUCUAUGUAUGGGAAGUAGCACUAUGCAGGUGGGAAAGCUGCAUGGGAAUGAAGCUCAUAUGCCAAGCAAAAUCUCUCUGCAUCAGAUAUCAUCAGAGCUUAUCAUGGACAUCAACCUAUACGAGUAUAAAUUUGUUUGCAGGCUAUUCACCUCAAGAUUUUGUCAUUUGCUUGAGAGAUCAGUUGUAUCUUUAUUUGCUGAGUUUAUGAUCAUGGACACAGACUUGAGUUCUUCACCCGAUUGGCAAGAGGUUUUAAACAAACUUGGAAACUUGCCGGCUGUCAUCCCAAGGAGCAAACAACUUGGAUGUUUCUCCAGUGGUGAAAAAGUGCUUGAAGAAGGGUUUGUGAUGCGUCCACAUAGUUCUAAGGAGCCGAUUGAAUUUAAAUGUACUUCCUGUCAGAAGUUACUAAAUCUUUUGAGUUGGGUGCCAAAAGGAUAUAUGAAUUCAAGAUCAUUCUCCCUCUUGAUGACUUAUGUGCUCAACCUGGAAAGGCUUAUAAUUGGAUACUUAGUAAACUGCCAUUCAAAUUGGUCGUAUAAGCAUCAUGAAUUGUUGAAACUGUUUGUGUGCUGCCGGAGGGCCUUGAGAUACACAAUAAUGGCAUUUUGCGAGUAUGGGGUUGCUCAGCGAUCACCGGAUAUACCUGUAGUGUCUGGAAACAUACAUGUGGUUCAUUGGCUUAUCAAGUCAGUUUCUGUUACUGUUGGGCUUCAAGAAACUCCGCCACAAGAUUAUGUAGAUGAAGUUCGAGGGGCAAUCUUCUCAAUCAUGGAUCACACAUCGUAUAUAUUCUUGACCUUAAGCAAGUAUCAAUCUUCAUGUGCUUUCCGCUCUUCACUUGCUAGGAAAGCAAGCAAGCAACUUUUUGAAUCUAAUGUUGUUGAGGAACAGAGUACUUUAACUGAAUCCAAUCCAAGUUCUGAUGAUCCUGAAGAAUUGGUAUCCUUACAAAGCUUUCUUCUUCUUUCUGAGAGUUUAAAGAAAGAGUCAGAACACAUACUUAAUUCCUUAAAUGCUUUUCAUUGCAAUGACAAUUUGAAUGAUGAAGUUGGUGCUGUGAAUUUGCACAAACUAUCCUCUGCAGUUUCUUGCUUCAGUGGUUUCUUGUGGGGCCUUGCUUCUGCCUCAGACGACUCUCAUGCAACAGAUAAGAAGCUUCAGGAGCAGUUUCUGGGAUCAAAAUCUGAUCUUAUAGCUACAAUUCGUUCCUGUAUGAAUCUGUUUUCUGAGUUCGUUAGAGUCUGCUUGUACAUGUUUCAGGCUGAGGAUAAAUAUGCUAGUGUUGGUUUGUUGGAUGCAUGGAAACUCUCGUUCUCUGUGGAGAGUGAUACUCCAUGCUGCAAGUAUCAUGUAAAAUGUCAAGGACAGGGAGACGAGAAGGAAAAACCUGACAUUGGUAGUGAGCCACAGAAUAUGCUGUCAGAAGAUAAGCAUUCCACUACAAUUCUUGUGGGAGGCAGUCAUCCUGAAGGCGGGAACUUAAUCAGACAGCUGUUACUUGCUUCUUCAGCCAUUCUGAAGCUCAACUUGAAAAUGAAGGUUAAAACUUGCUCGACCUUGGUUUCAAGCUCUAUAAGUAUAUCUGAAGUUUUGCUGCUGAAGUUCACAGCUGUCCGCGAAGUGCCAAAACCAUACUCUUUCAUUUGGUUAGAUGGGGUUCUGAAGUAUCUCCAAGAACUCGGGAGUCAGAUUUGUUCUAGUAGCUCUGCAUCACCCAAUGAUCCUUAUACCCAGCUUGUGGAGUUGCACUUGAAGGCUAUAGGAAAGUGCAUCAGUUUACAAGGGAAAGGAGCCAAUCUUGCUUCCCAUGAUACUGAGACGAGUUCUAAAGUUAUACCUGGACAUUCAGGAUCACCUGAAGUAUCACUUAGUCAUGGGCCCCACUACUUGCAUGAAUUUAUAGCAAGAAUGAGGCUUUCAUUUCAAGUUCUUGUAAGGAAAUCGCCCGAGUGGCACCUACUGUCCGCAGUUCAGACUAUAGAGAGGGCACUGGUUGGAGUGCAUGAAAGUUAUGCAGUUAUCUAUCAGAUAACAUUUGGAGGUGCAAAUGGUGGAAGCAUUUCCCCAACAGUUGCAGCUGGCAUAGAUUGCCUUGAUCUAGUUCUGGAGUAUGUUUCAGGAACCAAACAGUUAAAUGUUGUUAAGAAACACAUUCAAAGCCUGCUCUCUACUUUAUUCAACAUUGUAUUGCACCUGCAAGGCCCCUCUAUUUUCACCAGAAGAGAAGCUUCUGUUAGGAAUGAUAUUUGUCCAGAUCCAGGGGCAGUCAUUCUGAUGUGCGUUGAAGUAGUAACGAGAGUGUCUGCAAAGUCUUCUCUAUUUCACAUGGAUUCCUUCCACGUGGCACAGUCCCUACGCCUUCCUGCUGCACUUUUUGAAGAUUUUAGUCAGCUCAGGUAUUCUGAGGGCCUAGACAGAUAUCUUGUCAAGGACAUGAAUCCUCCCUCCCAUGUAGACAGACAGUUCUCUGUUGAGUUGUACGCUGCAUGUUGUAGAUUAUUGUGCACGAUUCUGAAGUACCAUAGAAGUGAGUCAGAGCGGUGCAUUGCGCUCCUUCAAGAGUCUGCCAGUGUGCUGCUGAACUGUUUGGAGAUUGUCGACACUGAUUCGGGCUCAAGAAGAGGUUACUUUUCAUGGAACACUGAAGAGGGAGUAAAAUGUGCUUGCUUUUUCCGAAGGAUCUAUGAAGAGCUACGACAACAAAGAGAUGUAUUUGGCCAGUACUGUUGCAAAUUCUUAUCCAGCUACAUAUGGCUUUAUUCAGGAAUGGGUCCCCAUAAAACUGGCAUAAAAAGGGAAGUAGAUGAAGCCCUUAAACCCGGAGUCUAUGCACUAAUCGAUGCUUGUCCCGCUGAAGAUCUUCAGAGUCUGCACGAUGUGUUUGGAGAGGGUCCCUGCAGGAACACAUUAGCAACUCUCCAACAUGAUUACAAACUAAAUUUCCAGUACGAAGGAAAAGUCUGAUUGAAACAGCAGAAGGCUCUGCUUGCUGGUGCGUAGAAUCUGGGCUUUAUAUUAUCCUGUGACAAGUUUAAGUAGCUUUGUUGUACCUUAGGUAAUUCCAACUUGUGAAUGCACCCCCAGUUAGCUAACUGCCAUUUGUCUGCUGGUGAUAUAUCGAAAAAUGAAAAUGUAAAUGGUCUUCUCCACAGGAGCCAUGUUUAUUUUUUAUUACCUGGGAUAGGUGGAUGAUGAACGAUGGAAACGGUCAAAUGAUAGUGUGAUAUCAGGGAUGAUUUUAGGGAUGAUUCAUUCAACAAAUUCCUUGUGUUUCCUCAUUACAGAAUCUUUACCUACUCUUACACUUACAUUGGCUGCUAGUACAAAUGAUGUCUUCAGUCUUACUCCUUGUAUUAGGGCUCGUUUGCUUGUUGGAUUUGAAAAUGAGGGUUUUGAGUUUUCAAAACCUUUGGAUUUAUGAUGGAUUUGUUGCAUUAUGAAUUUGGAAGAGUACAUUGUUUGUGUAGUUAUUUUUGUAAUAGAUUCAUGAUGUAUUUGUUCACAUUUUGCCUUCCAUUAUCAAAUCCCAAAUGAAAUGUGGGAUUUGCAAAUCCGUGGGGUCCACGGAUUUGGAUCUAAAAAAUGGGUCCAAAUCCGUGGGCCCCACGGAUUUGUGUCCCUUAGCAAACAAUGGACUUGUGCCAAUUCCAUUAUGCUUGGGAUUUGGGUACCAAAUCCAUCACCCAUAUCCCACGAGCAAACGAUACCUUAAUUUGUUUUCUACAUAUUUAUUUCUUAUGGCAUUCUUCUUGCCCAAAUGCCAGUUUGGGAACACGUGAAUAUUUGGUCAAACUAGUUCUGAUGCAAGGUUAAAAAGGCGCUAGGCGUAAGGCGGGCGUUGAGUUUUUGCCUAGCACCUAGCUCGCCUAGGCGUAGAUUAAGCGUACUUAGGCGUUGGAAGAAAAAAUAGCUAUUCGC